GACAAUUUGUGAAAAGGAAGAAGACUUCGCUUUGGUUCACAGUUGCUCUGCUGGUAGUGUCUGUUUUCAUACUGACCAUAGGUCUGGCAGCUACCACAAGGACAGAAAACGUUACCGUGGGAGGCUACUACCCAGGCAUCGUUCUUGGCUUUGGAUCUUUCCUAGGGAUCGUUGGCAUCCACCUGGUAGAGAACAGAAGACAAAUGUUAGUAGCCUCCAUCGUAUUUAUCAGCUUUGGCGUGGUAGCAGCGUUCUGCUGUGCAAUAGUUGAUGGAGUGUUUGCAGCACGACACAUAGAACCCAGACCUUUGUACAACAAAAGGUGUCAGUUUUAUUCAAGUGGAAUAGGAUUCCUAUACGAUGCCUACCAGACAGAGGUGACGUGUUAUACCUUAAACAGCAAGUGCCAGCUGAAAGUGAAGAGUAACACAUGCUAUUGCUGUGACCUGUACAACUGUGAGAAUUCAGAGCAGUCCUCCAGCUACUACGAAUUUCUCGGCGUGAGCAGCUGUCAGGACGUGGUUCACCUGUAUAGGCUGCUGUGGUCCUCCACAGUCCUCAACAUCAUCGGGUUGUUUCUGGGGAUCAUUACAGCUGCCUUUCUUGGGGCAUUUAAAGACAUGGUACCUCUGUCCCAAAUUGCUUUCAGUGCUGCACCUCCUCCUCAGAUCCUGUACAAUCCUGCCCAGCAGAUCCUGACGUAUGCUGGGUUCUGUCCUUCUGCAGCGACUAUUUCUGCGUAUCCAUCCUAUCCGUUACCUCUUCAGCCUGCCAGCAAUUUUCCAGGAACAUCAUCUACUGACAUUUCUUUAUCAGAAGAAACUCAGCCACCAUCUCAGUCCAGCUCCAGCUAUGGUCUCCCCCCGAAUGCUCCAGCCCUGUAUACACCGACUUACUUCUUGCCUGGAGAAAAGCCUCCACCAUAUGCACCGUAG